AUGGAAUUUCUCUUAAAGAUUUUAUGUCUUUUUUCUUUAUUCUAUUCCAUUUCAAAACUUGUCAAGUUGAUUCUUAAACGUAGAAACCAAUCAUGUUACAUGUUAGCCUAUGAGUGUUUCAAACCAAAGGAAGAAACAAAACUCAACACAGAUUCAUCUGUAAAAAUAAUCCUAAGAAACAAAAACCUUGGUUUAGAGGAAUUCAGGUUUCUCUUAAAAACCAUGGUUAGUUCGGGAAUCGGUGAAAACACUUACUGUCCAAAAAUCGUUCUUGAAGGACGAGAAACAUGUCCAACUCUCAAAGACACAUAUGAAGAAAUAGAUGAAAUCAUGUUCGAUACACUCGACAACCUUUUCAAAAGAACAUGUUUCUCUCCUUCAGAAAUAGAUAUUCUUGUUGUUAAUGUUGCGUUGUUUUCACCAAUACCUUCACUCACAGCAAGAAUAAUAAACCGAUACAAAAUGAGAGAAGAUGUAAAAGUCUUCAAUCUUGCAGGAAUGGGGUGUAGUGCAAGUGUUGUAGCUAUUGAUCUUGUGCAACAGCUUUUCAAAACACAUGAAAACUCCUUAGGAAUUGUUGUUAGCACAGAAGAUCUUGGCUCUCAUUGGUACUGUGGGAAACACAAAGAAAUGAUGUUAUCUAACUGUCUUUUUCGUUCAGGUGGUUGUUCGAUGCUAUUCACAAACAAAAUGGAGCUGAAAAACAAAGCUAUCUUGAAACUGAAACACAUGGAGAGAACACAGUUUGGUGCUGAUGAUGAAGCUUACAAUUGUUGCAUACAAGUGGAAGAUGAAGAAGGUUUUGCAGGUUUUCGACUAACCAAAAGUCUUGUUAAAUCUGCAGCAAAAGCUUUGACAGUAAAUCUGCAAAGUAUGGUUCCAAAGAUUCUUCCGUUUUGGGAACUGGUACGGUUUUUCACAGUUUGUCUACGCAACGGAGGUGGAAUAAAUUUAAAAACUGGUAUAGAACAUUUUUGUGUUCAUCCUGGUGGUAAAGCAGUGGUUGAUGGAAUUGGCAAGGGUUUAAGAUUGAAUGAAUAUGAUCUUGAACCAGCUAGAAUGGCGCUUCAUCGUUGGGGUAAUACUUCUGCUGGUGGAUUAUGGUAUGUUUUAGGGUAUAUGGAAGCAAAAAAAAGACUAAAAAAAGGUGAUAGAAUAUUGAUGAUAAGUCUUGGAGCUGGUUUUAAGUGUAACAAUUGUGUUUGGGAAGUGAUGAGAGAUUUAUCUGAUACCAAUGUUUGGACUGAUUCUAUUGAAAGUUAUCCUCCGCCUUCACUGAAUAAUCCAUUUAAGGAGAAGUAUGAUUGGAUUCAUGAUGAUUAUCUUGGCUUUGUGAGGUACGAUCAUAGCAGAUUGAAGAUUGAUUAG